AGCGGAAGUGGGAUUUGUUUAUAAAGAAAGGUGUUUACGAGUUGUCAUGUGAACCCACUUUAUACCGCUGUCCGUGCUGGGGAACAUGUGCAGACGACAUGCAGUGGCGAUAAUGGAAGCACAGAUUUGGCUACAAGAGAAAGAUCGCCUCCAGAGUUAACCCGCGGGGCACGUGGGACGAUUAUGCACGUAAUUGACUUAGGAAGAACGCUAUUGCCCCAACUCAAUCUACAAUUCCCACUGAAAAAGCACUCUGUGAACGAAAUCUAUCACGUCUAGACGUUUCUUGGACAAUAUACGCUCUCGGGGAACAAAGUUUGUUUUGCAUGUGAUCGGCACCUCGGACAAUGACCUUUGUAUGAGAUAAAGGAUCCGCGUCACGUCGAUAACCAGUGGACCAUCACCUGUCGUUGGUUUGGAACCACCGUGUGUUGUCAUUGAUACCAGCCCAAGAGUAGCAGGAGCAGUGCUGUGUGAUUCCUCGACAGGACAUUUACAGAAAGAUUAUCAACUGAACAAUGACAAUGGGCAGAUCAAGUUCAGACACUGUUAAAAACAGACUUUCCUCCACGUCUUCCCACCAGAAAGAUGCAUAUAGUAUCCUGGAUAUUGAGAUCGACCAGGGUAUGCCCCAGACUUGCAGUUCUGGCCUCUGUGAUAUCAGUUCUAAAGACAUUCCAUUGUACAAGUACAACGAAAUACCAGACUUCCUUCAAGGGAAUCCAUUUGUUGUCGAAGGUUACAGAGUGUCCCUUCCAUUCAGUCUGUGUCUGAAGAGCUUGUUCCUCUGGAGCAAUGAGACAAUCAACAUCUGGUCACAUCUACUUGGGUUCUUCAUAUUCCUGCUGCUGAUGCUCUACGACAACAUCAUCGUCAUUCCCUCCUACAGAGGCACCCUCUCAGACCACAUUGUUGUCACUGUGGGCCUUCUCUGCUAUCAGUUCUGUAUGCUGUGUUCCACGGGCUUCCAUGUGUUCUGCUGCCACUCAGCCCGCGCCAGCAAGAGGUGGUUGGCGGUCGACCUGACCGGGAUAUCCGUUGGCAUUAUCGGCUGUUAUCUACCAGCUGUACAUUAUGCAUUCUAUUGUUUGUCUAUAUGGAGGGACAUAUAUCUGAUCAUAAUCACUUUGCUGGCUGUUGGGACGAUCUGUGUUCAGCUCCAUCCUCGCUACUUUUCCCACGCCUGGUUUUACCCCCGUAUGGCCAUCUACUUCUUCCUUGCUGCAUAUGGAGUCAUUCCCACAAUCCACUGGGUCUACCUCAGUGGCGGCCUUGGAACCAAGGUCGUGCAGCUCUUUGUGCCAAAGGUCAUCACGAUGUAUGUGUUGGGAGCAUCAGCGUUCUGCUUCUUCCUGUCAAAGUUUCCGGAACGAAUGUUUCCAGGCAUAUUUGAUUUCCUUGGUUCAAGUCACCAGUGGUGGCAUUGCAUUGUAGUGUGUGCGUAUCUGUGGUGGCACCACUCAGGCCAGGAUAUAAUGCUGUAUAGGACUACACAUGAGUGCUCAGUCUGACCUUCACCUUCACCUUGAACCUUUGAACCUUGACCUUCAAGAGUCCAACCAAUCCCCUUGCUUGAUACAGACAGCUGCAUAACAUCUUCAUCAGUUACAUGCAUAAUAAGGGCAUAUACACUUUUAUGGUUGUUUUUAACACAAUGUUUUAUCAGGGAUAGCUUUCCUAAAGUUGCAUAAUUGUUUUAUCAUCAUAACCAUCCUGUUUUUGUCUUUGUUUUAUUGUGUUGUUUUUGUAAGAGUAAAAUAGUUUUAGGUCGAUUUUAUAACUAAAGCUGUCAUUGUGAUAUUACUGUAAAUAUAUCAAGGUGAUAGAAUAGAAAAUACAGUUUUGCAUGUGUGUGAAUGAUUGGCACCAUUGAUGCUGUCUGAUGGUAGUUUUGUAUCACCUGGGCUACAAUUAAGAUGAACGUAGGCAAGCAAUUAGCUGUAGAUUUCAAAGAAUCUCAUUACUGCUUCUUCAGCUAGAUAGAUCUACCUGGUGGGUGUAUAUCAUUAAAUACAGGGGUUAACUCCCAUACACCAUUAAUAUGGUCCUUUGUAGGCACUGUACAUGUACGUUUGGUCAAAUAAUGUUGCAGCAUAAAACUCUACGCACUCACUCACCCAACCUAGCACCAAGCUUGGCUGAUCAGAAUCUGUUGUAAAUCUUUGACAGGUGUAAUGCACUGGUUCAGAUGUAUGGAAUAAAGUAGCAAUGUGCUCUCCCAUGAUGCCUCAUCAAGGAGAGGAGACAUGGGUGGCCCAUUUAGGUGCUUCAACUCAUCACAGAGAGUUGCCUCCCUUUGGUAUGUCAGCAUCCUCUGAUUCUCCAAUCACAUCUUGGAAGGCAGAGGGGUAUCCUGGUGGUUAAGGUGUUUGCUUGUCACGCCAAAGACCAGGUUCAUUUCCCACAUGGGUACAAUGUGUAGCCCAUUUCAGGACCCAUUUCUGCCCUGCUAUGAUAUAGCUGGAAUAUCACUGAAACUAGCAUAAAACCCAACUCACUCUCUCAAUCAAAUGCCAGAUUUGAAUAUGUGAGUUGAUGCUCAACCAGUUCACACUGGUUUGCUUGGCCUAGAUUAUUUAUGGGCUGCGGUGAUAGAGCAGUAAUAUUGUAGAUUGUGGUAUAAAACAUCAUCCCCUCACUCACUCCACUCAGCCAGACAGUGUACUAAGAGGUGCUUGUUGUUUCAGGUUUGUUUGAUUACAUUGGGUCCAGUCAUCAAUGCUGGCAUUCCCUCAUUCUCUGUGCCUUUCUGUACUGGCACGAGACUGGCUGGGACUUUAUUGUGUAUCGGAGGUAUAUCUGUGAGGUCGUAUC